CUAAACAAAAUCAAAACAAACAUAAUGUUGGCAGACUUGUCGAAAACGUCGGUGGAGUUUGCUGUUCAGUCUGCAGGUUACUUUUUUUUUAAUUAAAAAAAAAAAGUGGUCGUAAACGUUGUUUAAGGAGGGUGAAUCCAGCCCACAUAUUUAUUGCAGCCGCUGAAAAAAAAUCUCCUCAAUAUCCCCCAAGAUGGCCGCCGAUGUAGGAUCGAUGUUUCAAUAUUGGAAGAAAUUUGAUCUACGGCGGCUCCAGAGGGAGCUAAACUCUGUAGCCUCGGAGCUGGCGGGUCGACAAGAGGAGAGCGAACAUUCCCACAAGCACCUGGUGGAGCUGAGCAGGGAGUUCAAGAGAAAUGUGCCCGAGGAGGUCCGGGACAUGGUGGCACCUGUUCUCAAGAGUUUCCAAGCCCAGGUGGUUGCUCUGAACAAGCGCAGUAAGGAGGCAGAGUCUGCGUUCCUGGGAAUCUACAAACAGCUCAUCGAGGCCCCAGAUCCGGCUCCUGUUCUGGAGGCCUCUCAGUCCCUGGAGGAACGGCUGCAGCAGCUUCAGAGUUUGGCCCCAGACGGCAAGGCCUUGGUGCGAGAGAUCAGCGGGCACUGGAAGAAACACCUGGAGUGCCUUAAAAACACAGACAGUCUGGCGGUCGCAGGAGCAGCUGUGAAAGAGGAGGCUACAGAGUCCAGCUCUCCGGCCUCUGCGAUGACCCCCAACAGCACGCCGGCCCCUGGGGCCCCGGGCUCCCCGCAGCAGAACUACCAGGGCCGGGCCGAGGAUGGAGGGGAGGAGGAGGAGGAGAAAGGGGAGAGCUCUGAUGUUAGUUUGGCUGACAAAUUAUCAGAGGCCAAGGAGAAGAUCAAAGUUCUACAUUCGUCUUUAAACACCGCACAGACAGAGCUGCUGGACCUGCGGUGCAAAUACAACCAGGAGAUGGCAAACAAGGCAGCUGAAAUUGACACCAUCAUGACGAACCUUGAAAAGGCGAACCAGAGAGCAGAGAUGGCUCAGAGGGAAGUGGAGAGGCUAAAGGAGCAGUUGGCCACCGGGCAGGGUGUCGCCACAGCGAGCAGCCAUCCAGCAGAGGGCACCAGCAAGGACAAGAACAACAAGGGGGAGGUGUCGCCCUCCCAGCUGGAAGCCGUCUUGUUGGCCAAAGACCGCGAAAACCUCCGUCUCCUUGAAAAUAUUCAGCGGUUGCAGUUCACACUACAGGAAGUCCAGGAGACCUCAGCUAAUCAGAUGUUGGAGCUGGAACGUCAGCUGGCUUAUAAGACGGAGGCGGUCGAGAGACUAGAAGCUAAACUGCAAUCCCAGAUGGACUAUGAAGAGAUUAAAACUGAACUCAGCAUCCUAAAGGUUCUGAAGAUGGCUUCAGCAAAUGGCAACUCAACCCAGGGUUCUUCUAAGGCUGCAGAGGCUCUUUUGCUGGAUAAAGAGGCCUUUCUUCCAUCUCACAAGUACUUGGUGGAUAAGAGCAGAAUAUUGCUCAACAAUGACAAUGACCACUUGGAGGACACAGGUAGGGAGACGGGCAGGCCGCCUGGAUCCUACUCAUCCUCCUCUCAGGCGGACAGUCAUGCCUCUCCCAGCCCAGGUCCCCCCACCUUGGAUGGCUCUUCCUCCAGCCACGAUCUCCCACGCCCGUUCUCUGCUUCACCUUGUUCCGGGGACCGACUGUCAGGCGACCACAUCCUUCACAAGCAGCUCCUCUCCCCACACUUCAAAAAGGAAGGCCUCAUGACUUUCCCCACCGCCCUCUACGCAGCCAAGGUCGCACUCAUGUCGGGCUCUCAAGGCUCCGCGGGGGCCAUCGGCGCCGACGCCGGCCUGCCCAGCGACCAGUCAGAAAGUGGCAGCUCGUCGGCGGGAGACGAGGACCAACUGGACACGGCAGAGAUCGCCUUCCAGGUGAAGGAGCAGCUGCUGAAGCACAACAUUGGCCAGCGGGUGUUUGGCCACUACGUGCUGGGCCUCUCCCAGGGCUCCGUCAGUGAGAUCCUGGCAAGACCCAAACCCUGGAGGAAGCUGACGGUGAAAGGCAAAGAACCGUUUAUUAAGAUGAAGCAGUUCCUAUCUGAUGAACAGAACAUUUUGGCGCUCAGAACCAUCCAGGUCCGGCAGCGAGGGAGCAUCACUCCGCGCAUCCGAACUCCUGAAACUGGGUCAGACGACGCCAUUAGGAACAUCCUAGAGCAGGCCAAGAAGGAGAUCCAGUCCCAGAGGGGGGGUGACGGCAAGUCGUCUCUGAACAGCUCGUCUGGCAGGAGCAGUAACGGAGCAAACAGCGGCUCCGAUGAAACCAUCAAGAACAUCCUGGAACAGGCGAGGAGGGAGAUGGAGGCUCAGCAGCACGCCCUGAUGGAGAUGGAGGUUUGUGGAAGGGCCUCCACCGCCAGCUCAGGAGUUCAGGUAGAACGUCUGGGGCCCCCUGAACGCUCAAGGCCCCUCCCUGUACCCAUCUCCAUCAAACAGGAGGAAGGAGGUUGUGUUACCGUUUGCAUGGCAAACUCUAUCAGCAGCCCCCAGACGCCCCUGAGUGUCCUCUCCCCUGCUGCUUUUGUUCAGAACAUCAUCCGCAAAGUCAAAUCAGAAAUUGGUGAAGCGGGCACCUACUUCGAUCAGCACUGGUCUCAGGAACGAGGAUCUAUGGCACUUAGCAGCGGAGGUAGCUCCCGGCCCUUCAAUUCAGUCUCUCCUUCCCUGUCUUCAUCGUCCUCUGGGCCGUCCACCUUGCCCCGCUCCUGGCCCCGUCUGGAGAACGGCGAGGGCCUCCCCAACAGCGAGGAGGCUUCGGGCGCGGAAGAUGAGCUGGGCCUGAGCCGGCCGGUGGAGGUGAAGGUGGAGUCGGACACCUCGGUGAGCGGCGAGUCCCCCGGACCGGGCCCGGGGCGCCUUUCCUACUACCCGGCGUAUAUUCCCCGCGCACUGAAGCCCACGGUGCCCCCGCUGACCCCCGAGCAGUAUGAGAUGUACAUGUACAGGGAGGUGGACACCAUUGAGCUGACGAGGCAGGUGAAGGAGAAGCUGGCGAAGAACGGCAUCUGUCAGAGGAUCUUUGGUGAAAAGGUGCUGGGGCUUUCUCAGGGCAGUGUCAGUGACAUGCUGUCACGACCCAAACCCUGGAGCAAGCUGACUCAGAAAGGCAGAGAGCCCUUCAUCCGCAUGCAGCUGUGGUUACUGGACCAGCUUGGCCAGAGCCUCAACCCGCCCCUGAACCAGGGCCACACUCAGGAUAAAAGCCCUGUGACAGCACAGUCCUCGCCAUCGCCACCUCCCAGCCCGGCAGAAAGCCACCCAAGUCCGCUAGUAGAGCCUGUUGGUCUGUCCCUGGAGAGCAGUAAGGAGAACCAGCAGCCUGAGAGCCUUGGCUUGGGGCUGCCGGCCCACUCUGAAGGAGGGAAAUCCACUCCCAUCCUCACAGCCCUGCAUCAGCCCACAAACCCCCUGGGCAUCCAGGAGUUGGUGGCCAUGUCCCCGGAGCUCGACACCUAUGCCAUCACCAAGAAGGUCAAGGAGGUGCUAACAGACAACAACCUAGGCCAGCGUCUCUUUGGUGAAACCAUCUUGGGUCUGACUCAAGGUUCAGUGUCCGACCUGCUCUCCAGGCCCAAACCGUGGCACAAACUCAGUCUCAAGGGCAGGGAGCCGUUUGUCCGGAUGCAGCUUUGGCUCAACGAUCCUCACAACGUAGACAAGCUGAGGGCCAUGAAGAAGAUGGAGAAGAAAGCUUACCUGAAGAGGCGUUACGGGCUGCUGAGCACCAACUCUGACAGCGACUCGCCCAGCACUCGCUCUGAGUGUGUGAGUCCAGCCUUGACCUCGCUGGACUUUUGCCCCUUCAGCCAGGUGAAAAAGCCUCGGGUGGUUCUGGGGGCUGAGGAGAAGGAAGCCCUGAGGAAGGCCUACCUGCUGGAGCCCUACCCCUCCCAGAACACCAUCGAGAUGCUGGCCUCGCAGCUCAACCUCAAAACCAACACUGUUAUCAACUGGUUCCACAACUACAGGUCCAGGAUGCGACGAGAGGUCCUGAUGGGGGGUCUGCCUGACAACGACACUGAUGCUGAGCACCACAGCUACUCCCCCCCAGUCACGCGGAGCCCGCCCUCUGACGGAGAGGACAGGAGGCAGCAGAAGCCCUCCAACCUUCCUCGCAACGGCAGCACAGCAUCGCCUCACGUCAAACAGGAAGCCACAGAGAGAGAAGAGGAUGGGGAGGAGGGAAGGGAAGGCUCUACGAAACAGUCAGGAGGACAAGGUUUUCCUUCACCGGGGGCUUUCGCCCCACUGAAAAGCGAGCACGAGGACUCUGACGCCGGCUGCUACGAGCCCAACUUGCCUGGCCAGAGUCUGAAGCAGGAAGAAGGCCUGACCAGCCAGGUUCAGGUGCUCUACCUGGGCACAGAUGCUCCUCAGAGAUCCAGCCAGUCCAGGCACGAAGGGGAGGAAUCUGGAAAGUCACCUGUCGAUCCGGUCAGCUUCAAGGCUUCGUCGGAGCCGUGUCGCAGCAGCCUCGAGGUUUCCCUCAACUCCCCCUCUGCCGCGUCCUCACCCGGCCUCAUGAUGUCAGUGUCUCCAGUUCCCUCCUCCUCUGCUCCCAUAUCACCCUCGUUGCCUAACCCUCCAACAACUAGCACCAGUCACAGCCUGGACGCUAACCCGCUCCCUCCCUUCCAAAGCCCCAAACUCAACAGAAGCACUCAGAGACGCAACGAGAAAAUGGCCAACCUGAAUAACAUCAUUCACAGGCUAGAGAGAGCAGCCAAUCGAGAAGAAACUCUGGAAUGGGAGUUUUAAAGUCCAUUUUCCCCCGUGGCUUCUUCUCCAGAUGCCCCUCGUGGCACACGCCAGGCUCAGAUAGAAGCUUCCUGCAGACUUGAAAGGAGCCCGGCUCCUGAAGGCCUCUCCACUCAUUCUGAUAACCCACAGGAAGUGGGAACGCAGAGUUAGACAUUACACUAAAGUCCCUACAAGAACUUAAGAGUUGAAAAAAAGAAUUUAUAAAGGAGUAUUUGUUUUUGUUCUUUUUCUCUUUUUUUGAUAAUGCAUACUACUUUGAAAUGUAUGUGACAGCACUAGCUGUCGUUUUACCUAUCGGACUUGACAUGAAGACUUUUGCAGCUAUGGUGUCAUAAAAUGUACACUGAAGUUCUGUAGAUUGCCACUGGGUGAGAUUAAAAAAAGACCCCUGUCUUAAGCCAUUAAAAGCACUAUAACUAUUUGAAAAGAGACGUUGACCAAGUUUGCUACUUUUUGAAUAGCAAUUUUUCAAAUUUUGUCUGAGAAUGGACAGUUUAAGUCAAGUAACAUGAAAUCCUAAAACUGACUGAGGGAUAGUCCUUUAAGACUCUAAAUAUUUAACAUCUUGUAUGUACUUAGUUUCUUGGUGAUAUGUUUUGAAACAUUUGUAACUCACACUUAUAAAAUGUGGUUGUACAUGUUGUAGAACUGUCUGCAAUAGCCUUCUCUAAAUCUGAUGUAGCAUGGUACUCACCUGACCCUGUUAUCCUCUGUAGUUAGUCACCUGUGAUUAUGGUUGAGCAAAAACAAAAGAAAAAAGUUGAAAACCCUGCAAAAACAAGAAAAAAAGUCAUGUUAAACCUUAUACUAGAAUACUUUUAGGUGUUUUAUUUUUUAUUUCGUUUUUUUUUUUACUAUUAUUAUUUGGAUAAACCUUGAGGUUUACAAUUUAAAACCCAUGUGCUUUUGGUGGUAAGUGAAACAUUCGCUUCACCUGAGCACAGUUUACAUGAUUUCUUUCAGACUUUUACCUCUCUGACCCUCUAAGGUACUGGUUCUCAGACUGUAAUGAGCCAAGACACAGGACGCUUGGUUUACCUCAGAUUUUGUUGAUACACAUCAUGCUACGACAUGCAUUUCAUUUUUAUACAUACGCAUGACCCACAGUUAUCUGAAUCAGCCGAGAAGAAGUACGUUGCAUCAUGCCUCAAGUGAGAAAUCAUUCCUCCGAGAUCCAACGCGAUGAGCAGAAUCUCUCCUUUUAUGAAGAAAAUGUCGCUGUUUGCAGAGAUAGGUAGGUACUUAUUCCUUUGUGUGUGUAAGGAUCUUUCUCACGGGUAGUUUAUGAUCGAGUGGACAUUAUUAAAAUAGGAGUUGUUGCCGAGACACCGCAGCAUCCAAGCACUAGACUGAGGUCCGCUGAGGAGCUGUGCAUUGAUCUACUGAGGGGCUCAAGGGUAAUGUAUUUGAAAGCGUGAUGCAUACAGUAUGACCUCUCAUCAACAUGAACACGUUCAAUCUGUAAGUACACUAUAUUCAAGAACUCCACCUCAUAUUCUCUUUCACCACUUGUGUAUCGUGUCCGUAGAUGUUUCUUUGUCAUGCUUGCGAGAUGUUCUAUUGUAUUUUGCCUCUGUUUUAUACUCAGAACAGUUAACCAGAUAUCCAAUACCUCGUGUAUGAAGUACUUGCAGCACUUAGAUUUUGAUAAUUGUGAGGACUCAAGAAAAUUUCAAAUAUCAACAUUAUCCUAACUUGGUGUCCACAGGUCUUUGCCUUUACUGUAUUGUUGAAGUUGGUUGUAAACACUUGCACAUGUCUACAUAGUUCAGAGGACUUGGAUUGUAUUAUGUAGAGAUAUAUAUUACACAAUUAUGAAAAAAAAAGUCUUACAUUCUUGGGACAAAAAACGUGCUGAUUAUAUUGAAAUAGAGUGUACAGAUUUAAUAAACCAAACCCAUUCAAGCCAGUUCUGGUCUGGCAAGCUUGCCCACAUUUUAGACCUUCUCUCAGGGUAGUCUUGCUUUUUAAAGCUUUAUUGAAACCGUCGUUCUCAUUGGUGAUGGUGAUUAUUAUAAAUGUGUAGAGAAUGACUCUGGUUACACUGCAUAUUAAAUGAUCAUGUGAGGUUUGAUUAUGGGAAUUUCAACUUUCACACAUAAUGGUGGUUGGUUGGAGAAUUAUUGCAGUUUUGUAAUUCAUUACACAAAUGUGUCAAAGUACAGUGCAGAAUGAAAUUCCCCCGGAAAGAGGUUGAUGGGUUGCUUUCCUGAGAUCAGUAGACUUGCUCUUUAAAACAAUGUUUUUUUUGUUUUCUCUUUAAGCCACAGAAGACUUUCCGCUGGUUUUCUUACCACAAUAUUUUGUGCAUAAUAUACUGUAUAAUUAGAAGUGGCAUUUUCUUAUGUGAAAACUUCAUCGUCUUUCAUUGUAACAAGGACACAUGACUGAAAAAGAAAUGUAUUUACCUUGACCAAUAUCCUCUCAUGUAAAGCUCAUUUCAUUGUUUUGCAUGCAAUCCAUUCUGGACACAUGACAAGGGAUAGACUGUUUUUGUAUUACUGUUCUUGCACAAGGACGUUGAAUCAGCACUUAAGGUCGUCAUGCAGUGGUGAUGUCCAUGCAUGGUGCAGCUGAUAAAUAUGGCUCUAACAAAGUCAUCAUGAUUCCAGUCAAACCGGAACCCUAGAAUGACCUUGUAAUCAUUACCUCCAGGUUAAUAUUUAAAUCAAGAUUAUUUUGUGCCAUAUCGUAUGCCUGAUGCAUUUUCCUCACAGAGAAAUAUCUUGUAGUAAAGUGUGCUCUGAGAGGUGGUGAGGCGUUUGUAACCCAGUUGCGAAAAAGCUAAGCUUUUUUUUUUCCUCUAUUUUUUUUUUUGUCUUACAAGAGCUCUACACAUUAGAUUGUUUGUUUUUAUUUUACAAAUGACAUUAGUCACUAAACAAAGAAGUGGCUUGUCAGUAAAAUUUGAAAGAUUGCAUUCAGACCUGGGAAUAUAAAAACAAUGUACAACUCUGGCACUGGGGACUGUCAUGAUGAAAAUUUGUCAUUUGAAAGUCAGCUGUGAGCCAAUGAAGUGUCCUGCAGUCUCAAAGAACUUUGUAAUGCCUCACUUGUCGGGCUUUUAAAUGUUAUAGACUGAAUGAAAGUAUGCCAAGCGUCAUGGAAAUAAAAUUGCAUAUGUAAG